AUGGAUGACAUACAGCUCUGCAAAGACAUCAUGAGCCUGAAGCAGGAGCUGAGACAAAUUGUUUCCAUAUCAGAGAAAGAAAAGAACAAGAAGCAGAAGCAGCGGGAGGAGGAGCUGAUCCUGAAGAUCCAUAAACUGGUGCAGAAAAGGGAUUUCCUGGUGGACGACGCUGAGGUGGAAAGAUUAAGGGAGAAGGAGGAGGACAAGGAGAUGGCGGAGUUCCUCCGGCUGAAGCUCAGGCCUCUGGAGCAGAAACUCAAAGCAACAGCGAAUCCUCCAAAGCCCAAGCGACAGAUCCCAGAGCCGCCUCCCAACAAGCCGUUCAUCACCAAGUCGGGAGCGGCCAUCAUCAAGGACUGCUGCGGAGCCACCCAGUGCGCUGUGAUGUAACCGACCUCUGUAACGACCGCCGCAAACGCUCACGUCACAUGAACCAGUCACUUCCUGUUUCUCAGACACCCACAGAGAGCGGCACUCGCCCUUGAAGCCUGUUCAGAAAUCAGAUCCAUCUCCUAACGGCAGGCGCGUGGGGGGACUGAUCCCUGGUCAGUACUCAAGGGGGGGGG